AUGUACAAUUACUGUAAUGAAGAAUGGGACAAUUUGCACAACAACACCUAUGUCGCCGAACUGCCACAGUUGAAUAGUCCCAAGGCUGCAAUCACUGAUAGCAGCAGUCGAGUGGCCAGCAUAAAUAAACCAGAACAACUCGACAGUCCGCACAGUUUGCAACUGAGCUUACAAGAACAUCAUCAGAAUGUGCCUUCGUCAUACUCUUAUUCUGAAUCCCCAAUACCGACACAGCAGCGGCGGAACAGGAACCAUUAUUAUUCAACGAUAGCAUCUUAUAGAGUACCAGCACUUUCUACAGAAAAUCCAAUCCACAGUAGGUCUGCAGUACCUACAAUCUUUCCACCGAUCAUCUCGCAAGAAUGGUCAGGAACCACGGGUUCCAUCGAUUGCAUUCAUCCAUCGGAUCACCCACAGUUUUAUGGCAACCACUCUAAUUACUCUAUGCAGCCGUCAUCAUACCAAACCACUCUAAUACCAAUAUCUGCACCGUUUAUUCGACAUAUACCCUUAGAUACUACUACGACGACUACUAUUACUACUAUCAACAUGAAUCACGAAUCAGUCAUGAACAAUAAUAUUUAUAGAAUGAGUGCUGAUGUUCAGCCUGUGACACAGCAUCAUCUAGACUCUGGUCGAAACAAGGGUACAUUCUCAACAGUUGCAGUUGAUAAAAAUGACACAAACCAAUGGACAAUGCUGAAGGAUACAAUGGAAGCCGACACAGUGAGAUUGAACAAAAGUACAAUGUCGGCGUCAACAUCUCAUGCAUGUAGCUGCUGUCCUUCCAUUUCAUGGGCGUGCAAAUCAAGUAGCAACUUCAAAAGGAUCAAGAACAAGAAGCAAAGACUUUCAGGUGAUACAGAAGUACGACAACAACAGCUAUUUCAGCAAGAACAAUCUAGAAGACAAGCCAAACAAGAAGAAAAAGAAAAUGGUUUCUCAUCUGUUGUUCGUACCAUUGCACAAAAACAAACACGCAGUACGACGACCCAACAGCGAAAUGAAAUUCAACACUCCACCAUAGGAGCUUCUUCGUCAAAUAGCAUGCCUUUGAUUCAGCAUUCAUGUAUGACUACCAUCGGAACGAAACGACGCCCAUCAGACAGGAGGAAUCACCAGGAAACAAAGGGCAACAAACAAAAGGAGAAAGAAGAGUGUAACAGUAAUGCAUAUUCAGCAGUUAUUCAUCAGUUGGAAGAUGAAUUAGCGUUUCUUUGGGAUGAAUGCGAAUCUAUUUUGAUCAUGUUGGGCUCUUCACAAAACGCGUUUCAGGCAGCUCAUCAAAAAGAGGGCUGCAGUAAAAAGGAAAGAAACAAUGUAGAUGAGUGUAGUACUAAAGAAACAGAUAAUACAAGCUUAGUAACAACAACGAAUGAAGCGAUGGGAGUACCAACAGCAAUAACAAUGAACAGCAGCCAUCCCGUUUUCGUGAUACAGAAUUACAAUAAUAACAAGGUUGAAGCCACGAUCCGCAGUGAGAAUAGUACGCUUUCGUCUCUCACGCAGAAUGAUCUAAGAUCUUCUGCUUCUUCUAUACCAAUACCAACGACGCGACAGCAGCAGCACCAAUAUGAUCAGGAUUUGAUUCAAGAAAUGCGUUUGGCGUACGAUGAUUUAAAGUUACAGGUGAAGCAUUUAGACAAGAAACUUGAAAUUUUUGAAAAGAAAAGUAGACAAAUGAUGAGAAUGAUCAGAGGCCAAUAUGAGAAAGAUAAAGAAGUCAAUUAA